AGGAAUUACUUCCCAACCUAAAUACACGUUUAGUUGUAAAUAUGAAAACUGUGCAUAGAGACGGAUACUGCGCGGGAUCUAUCGAACUAUCUGACAUGAUCAAUAGAAGAAGCGUUAAAUGCUGCCGGACGGAUUUAGUUCAAUCUAGAACCAUGAGGAUUAGAACUGGAAUUAUAUUCUGGAAUCUCAUGUUUUCAAUGAUGUUCUCGUGUGUGAAAGGGUUCAUAAAUACGUGUGGAGGGACGUUAAAAGGACAGAACGGUACCAUAGAAAGCCCAGGUUUCCCGUACGGAUAUCCCAACGGUGCCAACUGUACCUGGGUCAUCGUAGCGGAACAGAUGAACAGGAUCCACAUCGUUUUUCAAUCUUUCGCCGUGGAAGAGGAGUACGAUUUUUUAUCUUUGUAUGAUGGACACCCACAUCCGGCACACUUCCGGACGAGGUUAACAGGAUUUCAGAUCCCACCUCCCGUCACCAGCACAGGGUCCAUAUUUUCACUACGGCUUACCAGUGACUUUGCAGUAAGCGCUCAUGGAUUUAAGAUGGCUCUAUGA